AUGUCAGCUGCAGGACAUACAGCUGCAUGGAAACGACUCCAUCCAGUCCAACACACGCGGCUGGUUGUUUGGCCUGAGCCUAGUCUUGAGGAGAGAUCGAGUGAGCCCUGGGAACUGGAGUACGAGAACCAAAUACGACUUCAUAGAGAGCAUGCUUUUGAAUGGCCCGAGCCGUCUCUGCAACACAUCUAUCCUGAUGUGAACAGCGUCCCCGUCCCGUCCACCUUAGGAAAGUCGAACGAGACUCGACCUAGUCUUCCUCUUGCGGUAGCACCCCGCUACCCAAAUAGCGCAGGGAGUUUGAGUGGCACCAUCAGUAAGAACUUCCAACCAUGUCCUUACAGCUCGGAAGAGCAGUUGACGUGGAAAUCAGAUGGUUCAGACAACAAAGACGACUCCAUGCCUAAUCCGCCCAUCAUGCUUAACAACGCGGCGCAACACCGCCAAUCUUCCCUCCCGGACGCAAAGGCGGAGCUGUCUUCUGACCUUGCUGGUUCGAAGAGUGACACUGCUCUGAGUUCUGCUCUGAGUUCCCUGCAGUACAAAAUGUCGACGGGGGCAGUUCCAAGGAAACGAACCUCCAAUACGGUCGGCGUGGAGGAUGCGAACAUUGAUAAGAGGACAACUGAUGAUGGCAAGAACCAUUCAAGUCUGAGCUUACAACAAGCUCCUGAAACGAAGCGCAGGAAGGUCGUCACGCUCGAGGAAAAUUCGCUCCCAGGUGCAGCAACCCUGCAGACUUUGAACUCUUCUUUGCUUUCUCCUGAAAUCAACACACUCAGAGAAUGUAAUGAUAUCGGACAUGGGACUGCAAUAAGUCCCUCCGGUAUGCCAGCUGAAUCGACCGCCUCGACAGCUUCGGCAUCGCAGCCUCCAAGCAAUGGCUCUGCAGGAACGAUCAGUAACAGCGAGAGGCAGCAAUCCCAGGCUGCAUCGCACGUCGGGAAGAGGACAAAAACAACUGGAAAAGGCGUUCAGAUGCAUGAAUGGCCUCAGGGUCGUAAAGUCGUCUGGCAGAUCGAGAAUCCUGGAAAGCGCUUGCCCGAGCGGGCAACAACGCCCAGCCAUUGCCAGCUGAACAGCCACGCCCCUGACCCCGCGACAGACAUUUCGUACUUGGCAGGGCAUGAUAUCUCGGCUGUGGAGUUACUGACGCUCUGGAGCCGCGGGAUAACCAAUCCAAAGGCCCUUCGAGCGACGAAGCUCGUUCACCAGAACUCGAAGGCGAAGGAAUGGGCAAAAGCGGAAGGGAAGACCCUAGACAAAGGCCGUGUCACCAAGUACAACUUUCUGAACUCCAGCGACGCGCGUGGGAACAUGGAGGCAUCUCACGAUUAUCGCCUGAAGGACUUGGCAGAUGGUGUCGUACAUCACCCGCAAGGAAAGGAUGCCCACAUCUUGACGGCCGCUAUUGCUCUUGCUGUUGAGCGGGACGAUGAUGUGUUGCUCAGCAAGUUUGCCAACUAUGUUCAGGAUAACUGGGAUCGAAUCGAUCCUAAGCGGACUCUGACUUCGCCGGGAGUCAACCCGGACGUGGAGGCUGCAGGCAGGUGGCGCGCAUCGGAGCAUGUCCGUCAACACAUGGCAGCAAUUGGGGUAGCAGUUCGACGGGGAGCGAGUUUGGGUAUGGACAUAGACGGCGAGUGA